AUGGCACCUACACCGCACACCUUAUUUUAUUUUCUUUGUUUAACUAUAUUUUUGUUGUGGGUGAUGAUGUAUGAUCGUGUAACAACAUUAAAAAUGGAUGUUAAUAUUAUAAAUAAUUGUAAUUAUUAUUUUCGUAAUGUUAAAGAACUCAUUUUAACGGGUGUGGGUGAAAUUGAUACACAACAAUUAUUUUCAACGUUUGAUAAACUUUUUGAUGAUUUAUUUAAAAAAUUAAAAUCAUUAGAAUUUAGAAUUAAUAAGAAAAUAUUUUUAUUUACCAAUGAAUUUAUCAUUGAACUUAUUGAACGAAUACCAAAUUUAUCGUCAUUAACGUUUCCUGAUCAAAAUAUUUCAAAACUAUUUGAUAAAAUAAAAAUAAAACCCAAUUAUCAUGUUGAAUAUAUACAUGUUAAAAAUUGUUUAACACCAAAAACAGCAGAGAAAAUUGUAUGUUCAUUACCGAAUUUACAACGAUUAAAAUGUAAAAUACGUAGUAUAAAUGAUCUAGAAAAAGUUGUAGAUGUAUUAUUAACCAAAAAAAUGAAAUUUCUCACAUAUUUAAAUAUGAAUGUACAAUGUUCACUAAAUAAUGGUAUACUUUAUGAAUUGUUUAGACAAUAUUAUAGAAAUGGUGCACGCUGGACACUUGAGGGACAUGAUUUACAACUUUGGAUUUAA